AUGGUCAUCAUCACACGUGUCUUUCAAAGCUCUUCUUUCACCCCAGGGUGACCACAUGUCCUGCUUCUUUUCCCAGAAAGUGAUGAAAAUGUCUUGGUUUUUAAUGUUUUUAUGAAAUUGAGCAACAUCUGGGCACUCUGGUGCAUGUGACCGAAUGCCUGCGAUUCCUGAGAUUAUGGGGCGGCUUUUCGAAUUAGUCUGGCCAAAAAUCCAAAGAAAAAGCAAAACACACGCACAGAAUGAAUCCACCGACGCCUGCUGGGUUGAAGUCUGGUCAAAGUGGGGACGUCAUGCAUGACGGCGCUUCAAGUUCCCAACUUCUUGUGACUUUAGAGCAGGGAUGUCCAAAGUGUGGCCACCGGCUGUUUUUUUAUUGGCCCGCAGCACAUUUAAAUAAGAUCUUUCAACAGGAAAACUUCAACAACAACAACAAAAACAACAACAAUGGAAAAAUCUGCCGUAAUUUUACAGGAAUCGAGUCAAAUAUUUAGAGAAAGAAGUUGUAAUUCAUCCUAAUUUUACAAAAUAACCUCAUAAUAUUAGCAGGAAAAAUAACAUAAUUUUAGUAGCAUCCAGUUGAUUCAAGGGAAAUAGUUAAAAACUUUAUAAUAUGAUAUGAUCAUAUUAUGGCAGUAGUCAUAAUUACAUAAAUACAGUCAAACUUGUCUAUAGCGGCCACUAGAGGGAGACUGCAAAAGUGGCCUCUAUAGACAGGUUGGCAUCCAGUUAAAAUGUUGACCAGUAGAGGGGAAAAAAAAAAAGAAAAAAAAGGGGGGGGGGAUUAAUGUUGACCAGUAGAGGGCACGUGUAGGACUGCAGAUAAAAGUUGUACAGCACUACUAGGCUUGUUAUUAUCCACGACCCACAGAACAAAGCUGUGCUAGUAAUGUCUUACGCUUGUUUUUAAUAUUUUACAUUUUAUACGGCAGUGUCAUUACAGCUUUAGUUCAUCAGGAAGUGACGGGAAGUGACGGUGGGCGCCCCGAGCAGGAGAGCUAGGCUCAGUGCUAGCUGUGAGUUUGGAGAGAGUUGGGAAGUGUGUUUAUGUUGGCGUGGAUGUAAAGUCCUGCAGUGUUCUCCGCUGUUAAUAAAGCCAUUAAAGUGCAUCGGCGACGUGAGUCUCUCCUUCCCCACAACAAGCGGCAUUACAGUAUUGACCAGUGCACACCAGGAAAUAAACGGUGUCAUUUCUUACAGGCAUUGGCUGGACAGCUAUGUAGUGGGGCUUGUUUAACCUUUGCCUUGUGGGCAAGCAGGAAGGAGAGAUGAGACGAGACGUGUGUGUGUUCUGUGUGCUGUCUGGUGGCCGCGUUCAAUAAAUAAAGUUGGCAGAAGCAACAGGAGAAGUUUCCUUCUUUGCUUCGGAGCUGAAUAACACUGACAAGUUAACAGACUAGUAGCGAACGGAAAAGAAGACGGCUUUGUUUGUGUCGAAUACAGAAGAUGAGGACUUUGAUGGAUUUGUGGAUGAGGAUUGAUGAAAAAUAACGUUGGACUUUGAGGAGGGCGACGGCGCGUGGUGUCCGGAGAUAACGGUGGAGCCGGACAACCUGAAGGAGUUCCUGCAGAUCGACCUGCGCUCGCUCCAUUUUAUCACCCUGGUGGGCACCCAGGGUCGCCACGCCGGGGGCAUGGGCAACGAGUUUGCGCAGAUGUACAAGAUCAAGUACAGCCGCGAUGGCAGCCGCUGGAUCUCCUGGAGGAACCGGCAGGGCAAGCAGGUGAUUGAGGGAAACAGGAACGCCUAUGACAUUGUGCUCAAGGACCUGGAGCCCCCCAUCGUCGCCCGCUUCGUACGCUUCAUGCCCGUGACGGACCACUCCAUGAACGUGUGCAUGAGAGUGGAGCUGUACGGCUGCCGGUGGCUGGAUGGGCUGGUGUCCUACAAUGCUCCAGCGGGCCAGCAGAUGAACUUACCCGAGCAGACCGUCUACCUCAACGACUCCGUCUACGACGGCGCUGUCAUCUACAGCAUGACGGAGGGUUUGGGUCAGCUGACAGACGGAGUGUGCGGGCUGGACGACUUCACGGAGGGUCACGUUUACAACGUGUGGCCGGGAUACGACUAUGUCGGCUGGAGUAAUCAGAGCUUCCCCGACGGAUACGUGGAGAUCAUGUUUGAGUUUGAUCGCAUACGAAACUUCACCACGAUGAUGGUUCACUGCAACAACAUGUUCACACGCAACGUCAAAGCCUUCCGCCGGGUGGUCUGUUACUUCCGCUCCGAGGCGGACUGGGAGGCCACGCCCCUCUCCUUCAGCCCUGCCGUGGACGACACCGACCCCAGCGCACGCUUCGUCACGGUCCACCUGGCCAACCACAUGGCCGGCGCCAUCAAGUGCCACUUCUACUUUGCAGAUGCUUGGCUCUUGUUCAGCGAAAUCACCUUCCAGUCAGACAUGGCCAUGUAUAACACAACCAUGUAUAACACAACCAUGUAUAACACAACGCCGGCUCCUCCCAAGGCAGGCCUUCCACCCGUCCUUCAGCCAGAGGAUGACCCCACUCACAAAGUGGACGACAGCACCACUCGUAUUCUGAUUGGUUGCCUGGUGGCCAUCAUCUUCAUCCUGGUGGCCAUCAUCAUCGUCAUCAUCCUGUGGCGGCAGGUGUGGCAGAAGAUGCUAGAGAAGAGCGAGACAUUUGCCUACAGCCACAACCAGCCCAGUAGAAGCAACGAACAAGAGUCCACCUACGAGCACAUCUUUCCUCUGCAGGCCCCCCACUACCAGGAACCCUCCACCAUCAUCUGCAAGCUGCCCCACCUGGCACCCAACUCACAACAACCUGCCUCCAGCAGCACGGUGGCAUCCACCACAGCCGCCGCCCAAGACGGAGCUCCUCACUAUGCUGAGGCAAACGUGGUCAACCUGCAAGGCGUGACCGGCGGAAACACCUACGCCAUCCCCGCCCUCACCAUGGACCUCCUCUCAGGGAAGGACGUGGCCGUGGAGGAGUUCCCCCGAAAACUGCUGACCUUCAAGGAGAAGCUGGGAGAGGGACAGUUUGGAGAGGUGCACCUUUGUGAGGCAGAGGGCAUGCAGGAGUUUCUGAGUGAAGGUGUUCAACUGCAGGAGGAGGAGGAGGAGGAGAAGGAGUGUGUUUUAGUGGCGGUGAAGAUGCUGCGCUGUGAUGCCAACAGGAAUGCCAGGAAUGACUUCUUGAAAGAGAUAAAGAUCAUGUCUCGCCUGAAGGACCCCAACAUCAUUCGCCUGCUGGCCGUGUGCAUCUACAGCGAGCCUCUGUGCAUGAUCACAGAGUACAUGGAGAACGGCGAUCUCAACCAGUUCCUGUCCCGCUACGAGCCGGAGGGACAGCUGGCGCUGCUCAGCAAAGCGCCCACGGUCAGCUUCAGCAAGCUGUGCCACAUGGCGGCUCAGAUAGCGUCAGGCAUGAAGUACCUCUCCUCGCUGAACUUUGUCCACCGAGACCUGGCCACGCGCAACUGCCUGGUGGGCGACAACUUCACCAUCAAGAUAGCCGACUUUGGCAUGAGCAGGAACCUGUACAGCGGUGACUACUACCGCAUCCGAGGCAGAGCUGUGCUGCCCAUCCGCUGGAUGUCCUGGGAGAGCAUCCUGCUGGGCAAGUUCACCACAGCCAGUGACGUGUGGGCCUUCGCCGUGACGCUGUGGGAGAUCCUGACCUUCUGCAAGGAGCAGCCCUACGCCCAGCUCACCGACGAGCAGGUCAUAGAAAACACGGGGGAGUUUUUCCGGGAUCAGAAAAGACAGAUCUACCUGCCGCAGCCUGGCCCGUGCUCGGACUCGCUCUACAAGGUCAUGCUGGGCUGCUGGAGGAGGAACGCCAAGGAGAGGCCGUCCUUCCAGGAAAUACACGCGGCCCUUCUGGAUUUACAACCUGAGGCCGCCGUGACCACUUAGACACAAGCAGGAAGCUGCUUUGCGUUUCUCUUCUUAACACGCCGGCGAGUGACCUUCUGCACGUUUCAUCUUGUUCUUGUUCCACACCGACAUGGGACGGCUUGAAUGUACUUUCCACCCUCACGUUUCCAUCUUCAUUUUACUUCCAUUAUACUCACAUUCAGGAUGUUUUCAAGCUGUGGUGCUUCUCAACUUGUCCUUUGGUGUCGGGGAAACAGCAGGUGUCGCCAUGGCAACCGUGUGUGGCGUCGGGUGCCGAAUAGCAUCGUGCACAGAGAAAAGAGCUUCAGCUAGAAGGACACAUGCUACGCUUGCAACAAUUUCACAUCAUUCUAUCAUUGCACUCGUUUCUACAACAAUUCUUUCUUUACUUUCUGAUUCUUUCACUCAAUGACGAUGACGAUGAGGAGGGGAUCUUUACAGGGGUGCAGAUGCCUAAACUCGUGCAGCCACAGGAUUUCUCUACAGAUUUGCACAUGGAAAUGUUUAUACUGCACCACUAAACCGGGGGUGUCCAAAGUGCAGCUCAUGGCUGUUUUUUUAUUAACCCACAGAACAUGCUAAGAAAUAUGAUUGUACUAAAAAAAACAGCAAAACUGGAAAAAUCAGCAUUUAUUUUCCAAGAAUAAAGUUGAAAUAUGACAAGAAAAAAGUUGUCCAUUAGGUCACAGCUCUUGUUUAUCAGUUUUGUGGCGUUGGGGGGGGUCUCCGCCGCGAAGGUUUGCAAAUAUAACAACAUGAGUAUUCCAAGUAGUAGUGGACAUUCAGUAAUAAGCAACGCCACAAACAAGAACCACAGUGAGACUUGAUUAUUCUGCAUUGAACUCCAGCAGUACGGUGGCUCGUGAUGGUCAAAAUGUCUACUACUGUACCCGGCCACUAUUAUUUGUAUUUUGCUAGAUAACUACGUCCAAUUAAAUUUAAACCCACAUUGACGGUGUCUAUAGGGGUGUUAUUUCAUGUCUAGGGGGCUCUAAUCAUGUUAAAAU